UCGAUCAGCUGAUCUCUGCGUUUUUUUUUGUCUUUCUCCCAGAGAGUUAAUUAAGUAUGAGUUCUUCCCAGAGGCCACCAGGACAGAAGAAGAUGUCAAGAAGAAUCCCAGAUACCCUUGGGGCAGGGACAUCUAUACACUGGAGGGAAUGGUAGAUGGUGCUCCCUACAGCAUGAUAACUGACUUCCCCUGGCUGAGAACACUGAGAGCAGCUGAUCCCAACAGCUAUGCCCGCUAUGACUUUGAGGAUGAUGAAAGCACCACCAUCUAUGCCCCACGGCGAAAAGGCCAGCUGUCAGCUGACAUCUGCAUGGAGACCAUCGGGGAAGAGAUCUCAGAGCGCCGACAGAGCAAACGAGGAGUAUUUCAGAGAGUGGUGGUCCUCUUCCUUCAUCACUGUGAUACACCAGGAGAACCUGUGGAUGAUGAUUAUAUCUAGACAACAGACACUCCUGUCUAUGAGAUUAGUGGGAUCCAUGCACUGACAGUCGUGCUGCUGCACAGUCUGAGCUCCUAACUAAGGAAAGAUUUGGUUUUGUUUGAAGACACAGACUCUGUUUACUGUGGGAUCUGCAGAUCAGUGAUGUGUCCUUACAAACUGUGUUGAACAUGAUAACUCAAAUUUGAUUAGCUUACUGGAUGAGGAAUAACUACAUUUGUUAUGCACUGGGUGGUGCUGGUAUAAAUCCAUUUUCAGCCAUUUCAGAGAAACUGAUCAUCUUUCUGUAUUUUGUCAUUGUUUGAAUAAAAAUUUUGGAUUUCAAAAUGAGCCACUUCUCCAAUAUAAUAUUGCUCCAAAUAAAGGCUUGAUUAUUUCAGCUGUUCAGGCAUGAGCCCAGCUGUCUGGGCUUUGCAGCAGUCUUAUUGUUUAUCUUGCUGCCACUGACAAAAAUCACAGAGAAGUUCUCUGUUUACUGCCACAGGCUGCCUACCGUGUUUCCACCCAGGACUUAUUGCAGACACAAAUGUCCAACAAACCAUGCUUUUUAAUUGAGUUUUCGUCAGAUAAUUUUUCUGUCAACUGAGAUGUUGGUGGCUCUGGGUGGUGGAUGCUUUUUAGACCAGCAAGAACAAAGUGGAAAAGAGACUAAGAGAUGUUCAGACCGGUUAAUGGUUGUGUGUGAACUUUGACCAUGAGUUUUCUUUGCAUGUUUGACCCACUGGAUAGAGAUCAGGGAACUAGAUUUUAUAACCAACUCCUGUCCAUUGAAAGUCAUGGAUUAGAUCUUCUCCAACAUGCAGCUCACAUUUUUACUAAGCCAUGCAAACAUGUAUGAUGUGUCUUUGUCACUUUAACAUGCUGAGUUUCCACUGACUCAGCAGUGGAUCAGUUCUUGGCAUUUGAGUUGCUAUUUCAGCCUGCAAAUAUAAGAAUGAACACAUCUGAAUUUACCUUUAACUGCUCUGUUCUAUAUCAUCAUCGACCCAGACUAUGAAGGAAAAUUAGAUUGUUACUAUUGUGACAGUUUUUCAACCAUGAAAUUAAGCCAGACAGAUUUAAGCUAUGUACAUUAUGACAGAUGGAGGGGCUUCAUUUCCAGCUUAGUAACCAGAACAUGACCUGACGCAUCAACCUGUUGGACUGUGUUUGAAGGAUUAGUAGCCCAAAUGGGUUAGAUUACUUUUCUUCUGGCAUCAAAUGAACAUCUUUGUUGAAAACAUAAACAGAAAGUGCAGUGUACAGGUUGAAGUCUGUACUUCUGUUUGUGUAUUGACAAAUGUACAGAUGUCAUGGUUGAUGAUAUGCUUCCAUGGU